UCAAACAAUAAUGGUGAGGAGAAUUUCACCACGUUCACAUAUUGUAUUGCUUCUUCUUCUUACUAUUGUGGCUCUAGUUCAAGCUCAAGAUCAAUCAGGAUUCAUUAGCAUAGAUUGUGGUCUACCUCAAAAUUCCAGCUACACUGAGAAGCACACAAGCAUAUUCUACAUUUCUGAUUCUGGAUUCAUUGACACUGGUGUAAGCAAGAGUGUAUCAGCUGAAUUCAAGAUCAAUCUUCAACAACAACUAAGCAAUUUGAGAAGCUUUCCAAGUGGAAUAAGAAACUGUUACAGAAUAAAUGUGACAAGUGCUACAAAAUACUUAAUCAGAGCUAGUUUCUAUUAUGGAAACUAUGAUGGGACAAAUGUGGCACCAAAAUUUGAUCUUCAUCUUGGUGCUAACUUCAUGGACACAGUGAAAUUCACCAAUGCAUCAGUUACCACAUUCAGUGAGAUCAUUUACACUCCAUUAUUGGACUAUAUUCAUCUUUGUCUAGUUAACACAGGCACAGGGACACCAUUCAUUUCUGCUAUAGAAUUGAGGACUUUGAAGAAUGAUACUUAUGUGACUCAAUCAUGGGAAUCGUUGGCGCGCCUCCGGCGAUUCGACUUAGGUUCCACCACCAACUUACAAUACAGGUACAAGGAUGAUAUUUAUGACAGAAUUUGGGCACCACUAGGCUUUGAUCUAUGGACACAAAUAAGCAGCAAACUCACCAAUGAUGAACUAACUCAGAAUCAUUACCAACCACCAACAAUUGUAAUGAGCACAGCCGCCACGCCAGUAAACGCUAGCGCUUCUUUCGAUUUCUACUGGGAUCCUGAUAAUGUGGAUGAGCAAUACUAUGUGUUCAUGCAUUUUAAUGAAGUUAAGAAGCUAGCACCAAAUGAAACAAGAUCAUUCAAUGUAACACUUAAUGGAAAGUAUUGGGGUGGACCUCUUGUACCUACAUACCAAUCAACAUCCACCAUUUUUAGUCCUUCAGCUUUGGCAGGAGAGUCUAGGUACCUGUUUUCGCUUCUCCGGACAGAGGAUUCGACGCUUCCUCCAAUCAUCAAUGCCAUUGAGGUUUAUACAGUGAAAGAUUUCUCAAGACCAGAAACUUCACAAGAUGAUGUUGAUGCUAUCACAAACAUCAAGAAAGCUUAUGGGGUGGCAAGAAAUUGGGAAGCUGAUCCAUGUGGCCCCACAAAAUACAUUUGGCAAGGUCUAAAUUGUAGUUAUGAUGGCAAUGAUCCCCCAAGAAUCACAUCCUUGGACUUGUCUUCCAGUGGAUUGAAAGGACAGAUAUCAUCUUACAUCUCCAAGCUCACUAUGUUACAAUACUUGGAUUUAUCAAACAAUAACUUAAGUGGAUCAGUACCUGAUUUCCUGACACAACUUCAGUCAUUGAAAGUAUUAAACUUGGGAAACAACAAUCUCACAGGCUUAGUUCCCAAUGGACUCCUUGAUAAAUCAAAGAAAGGUUCACUAUCAUUGAGUGUGGAACACAAUCCAAAUCUAUGUGCAUCAACUUCUUGCAACCAACAAACAGGUGGUGCAAUAAGCAACAAAAAGAAGAAGAAUAACAACAAUCACAUAGUUAUUCCCAUUGCAGCAUCAAUUGCUGGGGUUUUGGUGCUUCUAGCAAUUGUAGCAACAGCUGUUAUCUGUGGACUUAAAAAGAGAAAGCCAAAAGCAGCUGUGAACAUUGAUGAAGAACAAAAUGCUCCAAAUUUUUCACAAAUUGGACCCAACCAAAGACAAUAUACAUUCAAUGAAAUUGUUAAGAUCACCAACAACUUCAAUAGAAUUCUUGGUAGAGGUGGAUUUGGUACAGUUUACCAUGGACUAAUUGGUGAUACUCAAGUAGCUGUCAAGAUGCUUUCACCAUCGGCAGUGCGAGGAUAUGAACAAUUUCUAGCAGAGGUUAAACUUCUGAUGGUAGUACACCAUAGAAAUCUCACUUCUCUUAUUGGUUAUUGCAAUGAUGAAAGCAAUAUAGGACUCAUCUAUGAAUACAUGGCGAAUGGAAACUUAGAAGAACAUCUUUCAGGAAAAAAGAACAAUGCAAAGUUGUUGACAUGGGAAGAUAGACUCCGAAUAUCAGUGGAUGCAGCACAAGGAUUGGAAUAUCUGCAUAGUGGUUGCAAACCACCUAUAAUCCACAGAGAUGUGAAAUGUGCAAACAUUUUAUUAAAUGAAAACUUUGGAGCAAAAUUGGCUGAUUUUGGAUUAUCCAAACCUUUUCCCACUGAAGAAGGCACACACAUUUCAACUGUUGUUGCUGGAACUCCUGGUUAUUUAGAUCCUGAGUAUCGCGAUUCAAACAAGUUGGCAGAGAAGAGUGAUGUUUACAGCUUUGGAGUAGUUCUUUUGAAGAUAAUCACAGGUCAAGCAGCCUAUGUGAAAAUGCAGGACGACGACAGCAAGCCUCACAUAAGUUCUUGGGUUAGUUCCAUGCUUUCCAAUGGAGAGAUAAAGAGCAUUGUUGACUCAAAGUUACAAGAAGAUUUUGACAGUGGCUCUGUGUGGAAAGCUGUUGAAACAGCAAUGGCUUGUGUGGCAUCUAGUUCUAACAAGAGGCCUCACAUGAGUGAUGUUGUGACUGAGCUAAAGGAGUGUUUGGCUGCAGAAUUAGCACGCAAAAGAACUGAUCAUGCCACUGAACAAAGUGAUUCACUUGAGAGUGACUUGGCUUCCAUAAGUGUCACUACAACUGAAUUUAAACCCAUAGCUAGGUAGUUCCUUCAAGAUGCCAUCAAUGUGGUGUUCCCAUUUCUGUUUUCAUUUCAAUCUUGCU